CCACCUCUCUUAUCGAAAGUCCCCACAUCCUACACCGCUUCUUAAUCUGCCUUAGCUGCUCUCUCCCCACCUCCGCAGGAGUAGGCAUCAGCUCAACUCCGUAGCUUCUGCAGCACGUUUCCAGGCUCGCCUGCACGAGCACAUUUCCCACCCCACAUCCCAAGUCCAAAAACAAGGAGUCUUUGUGGAGAUGUGUAGCAGCAAUGAUAUCCGCGAUUAUCUGUACGUCGACGAAGCGCAAGCCAACGUUCUGAUCGACGCACUCUUCUUGAGGCAACUAUGCAGGAAUCCAGACGGUUUGUUCUGGGCUGGAGAUACCGCACAGACAAUCUCUGCCGGGAGUUCUUUCAGGUUCGACGAUCUGAAAGCGUUCCUCUGCUGUGUGGAGCAGCAAAAUACUUCUAUCAACUCCACUGUAGCAUCUCUCUGCCAGCCCACGAUGUUUCAAUUGGCAAUCAACUACAGGUCACAUGGGGGCAUCGUCAACUGCGCUCAUUCUGUGAUCGAAAUCAUCACAAGAUUCUAG